AUGUCUUUAUCCGCUCGUGAAUAUUUAAUUCGAUUGCAAACUUCUCCGAACGAUUUUUCACCGAAUGAAAAGCUCGUUUUCCUCCGUAUUUUCGAUGAUCAACAUCGAUCAAGCGAAGAAAUUCGUCUUAAACUCUCGAAAACUCUCCAAGAGUUUCCCAUUCAAAUUAACGAAAGACUCACCGAGAACAUUCAGAGAUUAAAACUACACAGUAGUACUUUUGAGAAACAUAAUCGAAUUUUUCUCAAAUGGAUUCAAUUGAUUGAUCGUAACACCAAGCAAAUCUUUUGUUUUCCAGUGAAUGAUUAUCUUCCAUCAAGUAUAGGCGAUGCUUUGGAGUUAACACAAGUGCAGCAAGGUCGAGCUUGUCAUGAGGAGACCGGAUCUUAUGAUGUUCGAGUACGAACAGGUCAUCAGGGAUUUUUAGGGAUUAAAUCAACAAUGAAAGCAAAUGUUUUCUUGAAAUUAUAUGAUAUUCAUGAUCGAUCAUCGGAUGUGAUACAUUUAAAACAAUCGAAAGUUUAUCAACAACCAUUCCGAUCGAACCAAACCGAUCGAUUUGAAGUGAAUAUUAACAAUUCAUUGGAUACUUUGAAAAAGGUGGAAUUAUGGCAUGAUGGAGAGAAAGAAAUACAAUUUCAUUGUGAAAUCUUGCAAAUUAUUGACGAGAACAAUGGAAAAACGUAUUGUUUUCAAAUUAAAGAGUAUUUACAUGGAAAUGUCAAAGUAAUUUUAACCAAUUACGAUCAACGACGAUGUUUAGAUGAUAAAAAACACGAUGCAUAUUCAAUCGCAUCAUCAUUAUCAAAUCAAUUUCGUACAAAUGAAACUUUAUUCAAAAUACGAACACGAGUUGGUCAUAAAGGUCUUUUUUCACAUGGAAUGGGAGGAACGAACGUAAAAAUGUAUAUUCGUUUACAUGAUGGUGAACAUAUCACCGAUGAGAUUCUGUUAGACAAAUCUUUGACACAUAAUGAUCCGUUCGAAGAUGGACAUACUGAUGUCUUUGAAAUUAGUGUCCCGAAUACGAUUCAAUCUCCUGAUCGAAUCGAAAUCUUUCAUAAUGGGAAAAAACAUGAUGGAUUGUAUUUAAAAUGGGUGGAAAUUAUGAAUAUGAAGACAUUAGAACGAAAAUGUUUUCCUGUUCAUCGUUCAUUCGAUUUGAACGAAAGUGAUAAGAAACCUCAUGUCGUGUUAACAAAUUUUAUUAUCGAUGAAUCGUGUGAAGAAAAUGAAUAUCGUGAGCAUCAUUUACAUGAUCAAUACAAAACAGAAUACUUAAUCCGAACGAAAACCAGUCCGAAUCAACCGUUGAAUGGUACAGAUAGUCACGCAAAUAUUUAUCUGAAAAUUUACAAUGAUAAAAAUAAACAUACCGAAGAUAUGUUGUUGAGUAAUUCAAAGCAUCAAACAAAUCCAUUUCAACCGGGAAAAAUCGAUCAAUUUCAUGUGGGAUCAAGUCAUUUAAUGGAUGAUACGAUUGAUAAAAUCGAACUUUGGCACGAUAAUCAAUCAGAUUUCGAUUGGUUAUGUCAAUGGAUUGAAAUUAAAAAUAAAAAAACGGGAAAUAUGAAAUGUUUUGGUGUCAAUCGACUUUUGUCUCAGAAAUCAAUGGCCGGAAUGACAAAAGUUGUUCUUACCAUGCAUUCGCAUCAUUCUUGUGAAAAAAUUGAAGAUGAAUUAACGAAUUUUUAUGAUCAAACACAAAUCAUUAAGACUCAAGAGAAUAUUUCUUCGAAAAAAGAGAAUUUUAUCAAAAAAUAUAACAUCAAAGUCAAAACUGGAAAUGAAAUGUUGUCAGAAACAAAAACUAAUGUUCUCAUUCGACUAUAUGACGAACAGAAUCAACAAUCAGAAGAUAUUCAACUUGUUCAAACAGUGAACAAUACAAUUCCUUUUAGAAAACAUACAAUCGAUGAAUUUCAAGCAAGAUCUUCGAAAAAUCUAUCGAAUUUACGCAAAAUUCAUCUCUGGUAUCUCAACGAAAAACAUCAAAAAUGGAUUAUUGAAUGGAUUCAAAUCGAAGAUACAAAUCUUCAUCGUCUCUACUGUUUUCCCGUAAACAAACCAUUUGAUUCUCAUGGAAAUAUCAAACAAGUUAUUCUUUCCGAAUUCACUAUCAAUGAGUCUUGUUCCGACGAAAGAAGUACUUCAGAAUUUAAACGAACAUAUCAUGUGGAAACAAAGACAGGCAAACGAGGUUUUCUUGGUCUAUUACCAACUGGAACAAAUGCGAAUGUAUUCAUUCGAAUCCAUGAUAAACAUGAACAUGUUUCUGAAAUCAUCGAACUUGAUAAAUCUCUUAAGCAUAGAAAUAAAUUCGAACGUGGUCAAAUCGACGAAUUUGAUAUUGGUUCUAUCGAACCACUGGAUGGGAUUGAUAAACUCGAAAUUUGGCAUAAUAGCACAGGAAUUGGUCAUGGUUGGUUUGUGGAUUAUGUGUCUUUGAUGGAUAAUCAAACAAAUGAGGAAGCGUGUUUUUUUAUCGGAAAAUAUUUGAAUAAAGAAAAUGGAGGAAUUGAAGAAAAACAUUUAAUCUUACAGAAACAAACAGUUGAGAAUCGACCUUGUCGAGAACAUCGAUUUGAUGCUGAUGAAUUAACGAUUCAAACAAAAAAUUCAUCAUCGGAUUUUAAACAGACGUAUCGAAUUGAAACGAAAACUGGUCAUACGGGAACGUUUGGAUUUAGUGGAGCGGGAUCAAAUGUAACUGUUUUUGUUCGUCUUCACGAUCAGAAUGGACAGAAGUCGGAACCAAUUCAACUUGAACAUUCGUUAAGUCAUAAAACGAAAUUCGAGCGGAAUCAUUUUGAUCAAUUCGAUGUUGGGACUCGUGAGAAGUUGAAUGGGGUGAAAAAACUUGAAUUAUGGUGUGAAGAUGUUCAUCACGAUGGAUGGAGAGUCGAUUUUAUCAAAGUCAUUGAUAAUCAAACAAAAGAUUUCUACUGUUUUUAUGUCAAUGGAACACUCGAUGAAAACUCUAGUUUGAAAACUACGCAUAUUCUACUUGAAUAUCCAUCAGUUAAUGUUCCGUGUUCGAACGAUAUUAAAUCUCUCUAUGCCACAUCAACAAAUCCUCAGUUAGAUGAGAACAUUCAACGGAAUUUCACCAUCCGAACAAAGACUGGUAACCAAAUUGAAGCUGGUUCGACAAUGCCAAUUCAUAUUCAGUUAUUGGACAAACAAAAUCGAAAAUCUGAAGAUAUUCGUCUUAAACAUCGCGAUCGUGACAAACAUAAUUUCGAAUCUGGAGCCAUUGAUGAAUUCGAAGUUACAUCAUUUCAGCCACUUUCCGAUCAAAUUCUCGGUAUUCGUGUUAAACACAAUGCAGACAAAUAUCAAGGAUGGUACGCUGAAUGGAUAGAAAUCAUCGAUGAGGACAACAAGAAACGAUAUUGCUUUCCGAUUCAACGAUGGUUGGACAAAGCAGAGAAUGAUAAACAAACGGAUGUAUAUUUUACUACGAUAUCGGAUGUUGCGUGUGACUCGUUGCCGGAUACAACGACUCAGUUCAUACGUGAAUCUCUUCCGACAUUGAGUACUCAAUAUCAAUUGUCUUCACAAACGUUAAUCGUACCGAUGAAAAAUACAUAUCAUGUGAAGACAAAAACAGCAAAGAAAGGUUUUCUCGGUCUUUCACCAACAGGGACGAAUGCGAAUGUUUUUCUUCGACUGAUUGACAGAAAUGGCGAGAAAUCCGAAAAUCUUCGAUUAGAUGGUUCAUUAGAGCACAAGAAUAAGUUCGAGCGAGGUCAAAUAGAUAUUUUCGAUGUUGGUACCAACAAAUCUUUAACAAAUAUUGAUCAGAUCGAAUUAUGGACUGAUGGGAAAGGAUUGAGUAAAGAAUGGUUUGCUGACUACAUCGAAGUCACUGAUAAUAAAACGGGAGAAACGAUUUGCUUCCGAGUUGAUCAAUAUUUAAAUGAGAAAAAUGGAGGAACCAAAGAAAAUCCAUUGAAAUUAAAACGACCUACCGAUAAUCAACCAUGCGGAGAAGAUGAUCAAGAUAAACAAUCAAUCGAACAGAGUUUGGAAAUGUCUCCGUAUCAAAGUACAUUUUCCGUUCUAACCAAAACCGGCCACACAGGUUUUCUCGGUCUUGGUCCAACUGGAACGAAUGCUCCGGUUUUUCUUCGUAUUCACGAUACCAAAGGUCGCGUGUCUGAACCGAUUCAACUCCAAAAUUCCACUCGACAUUCGAAUCAAUUCGAACAAAAUCAAAUCGGUUUCGAUCGACGCAUCGAUUUUCAUUCAAAGAAAUUCUUUUAUUUAGAUCAAUUUGAUAUUGGAACACGCGAUUUGCUCAACGGAGUCUCCAAAGUUGAACUUUGGCACGAAGGAAAGAAACAUGACAAAUGGUUAGUGCAGUUUAUUCAACUAGUCGAUAAUCAAAGCAAAACUUCGUAUUGUUUUCCUGUGCAACAAAUGCUGGAUCGAAAUUUGGGUUUAAAACAAACUCAUAUCGUUCUGGAAAAUCCCUUGACUAAUGUUUCUUGUAUGGAACAACUCGAAUUGAUCCAACGAAGUUUAUUCAAUACAAAUUCCAAGAAAAAGACAAAUGACGAUGAACGACAUUUUACCAUUCGAACGAAAACCGGAAACCAUAUCGAAGCGGGUUCAACAACACCAAUUCACAUUCAAUUAUUCGACGAUGAAGAACAAAGCUCGGAAGACAUUCGAUUGAAACAUCACGAUCACGAUAAACACAAUUUCGAACCUGGGGCCAUCGACGAAUUCCAAGUGAUCUCUCAUCAACCUUUAUCUACUCAAUUAACUAAAAUUCGUAUCAAACACAAUGCUGACAAAUACCAAGGAUGGUACGUUGAAUGGAUUGAGAUUAUCGAUGAAGACAAUGGAAAAACGUACUGUUUUCCGAUCCAACGUUGGUUGGACAAAGCAGAGAAUGAUAAACAAACGGAUGUGUCUUUUACGACAAUCUCCGAUGUUCCCUGUAAAUUAUUGUCAAAUACAAUGAAUGAAUUUGAUGAACGUGCCGUGUCGAAUGUUCACAAGAUUAAUGAGAGUGUCUCAUAUUCAACAGAAAAAAGUUCAAUCCCAUUUCAAAAUACUUAUCAUGUAGAAAUCAAAACAGGAAAAGAAAAUCCUCGAGAUUUCUUGUCAAUCAAUUCAAAUCCUCGAGUUUUCAUUCAAAUAAUUGAUGAUGCUGGAAACAAAUCUGAGUCAAUUCAAUUGAAAGGUUCCACUGAUCAUCGAAAACAAUUUGGACGUGGUCAAAUCGAUGAGUUCGAUAUUGGUUCAACAAAACCAUUGAGCGCUAUUCAACAGUUAGAGAUUUGGACUGACGGAAAACACCAUGGAAGUGGUUGGUUUGCUGAUUAUAUUCGUAUAAAAGAUAACAAAACCGAUAAAGAAGCAUGUUUUUCAAUCAAAAACUUUCUCAAUAAGGAAAACGGUGGUGUUGCCAAUGAUCAUCUGAUUUUGAAUAAAGAAUCAAAUGGAAUUUUAUGUCGAGAGAAAGAAAAUGACAUGGAUACGGUUGAGACACGACAAAUCCAAGCUGUUCAAUCGAUAAAUGACUCGGUUUCGACAGUUCAAUACAGAAAAACAUAUCACGUCGAUACAAAAACAGGUCGACGAGGAUUUUUAGGUCUUUCGCCAACUGGCACUGCUGCCGAUGUUUAUCUUCGUAUUCACGAUAGAUCCGGUCACACAUCCGAGCCAAUUUCCUUACGUCGUUCAACAAAACUCUCAAAACCAUUCGAAAGUGGUCAGAUCGAUUCAUUUGACAUCGGUACGAAAACAUCUAUGGAAAGUAUUUCCAAACUUGAAUUGUAUCACGAUGGAACUGAUCAUUCGCACGGAUGGAAUGUCGAAUACGUCAACAUCCUUGAUAAUACAAACGGACGUAGUUAUUGUUUUCCUGUGGAUAGAUGGCUAAGGAAUUCCGAGCAUUUGAUCUUGAAAGAUUUUAAAUUGAAUGUUUCUUGCGAAGAAUUGAAACAGAAGCAAAAGCGAAGUUUUACUGUUCGGACGAAAACAGGAUCGCAAGUGGAAGCAGCUUCGACAACUCCGAUAUAUCUUCGUUUAUUCGAUGAUAAAUCCCAAAAAUCUGAAAAAAUCCGUCUAAAACAGAAAGCAAAGGAUACUCAUCGUUUCCAAUUCGGAUCAAUCGAUGAAUUUCACAUCACAUCCGAUCAACCUCUAAACAAUCUCACCGCGAUCGAAAUCUCACACAAUGCUGACAAAUAUCAAGGAUGGUACGCAGAAUGGAUAUCAAUUACUGAUAAUGACACCAAUCAAACAUAUUGUUUUCCCAUUCAACGUUGGUUAGACAAAGGCGAAUUAGACGGCAAAACGGAAGUUCAUCUAAAAUAUCUCCCAACGGCAAUUCCUUGUGAACAAUUACCCAAUACAAUGAAACAACCAACUGUUUUUUCUCCAACAGCAAAUCGAAGAUCGACAAAUGAAAGUUCGGAUGAAGAAUACAGGAAUUCGUAUCAUGUUCAAAUUAAAACCGCAAAGAAAGGUUUGUUGGGUUUAGCACCGACAGGUACAGAUGCGAAUGUCUUCAUACAAAUUCAUGACAAUAAUGGUCAAAUAUCUGAACCAAUCGAAUUGAAAGAUUCAUUCGAUCGAAAAAACAAAUUUGCUCGCGGAAAAAUCGAUGAAUUUAACUUUGGAACACAACAAGAUUUGAAUGGAAUUGAUAAAUUAGAAUUAUGGACUGAUGGAAAAGGAAUUGGUAGUGGUUGGUAUCCAGAAUACGUGCAAAUAACUGAUCGAAAGACCAACGAAGUCAGCUGUUUUCUUGUUGGACAAUAUUUGAAUGAAAAAUAUGGUGGAGUGAAAAACGAUCACUUGAUUUUCAAUAAACAGAAAGACAAUCGAUUGUGUAAUCAGCUAAAAGAUGACGAAAAGUAUCAACCGAAUGAAACGAGAAAAGAAGGACGAUUUCAAGUGGAAGUGAAAACAGGUCAUACGGGAUUUUUAGGAUUAGAUGGAGCAGGAACGGAUGCUCCAGUGUUUCUCAGAAUUUAUGAUAACAAUGAUCGAAAAUCUGAUGUAUAUCAGUUGAAACAGUCAACAAAACAUCGAAAUAAAUUCGAGAGAAACCAAACAGAUCAUUUCAUCAUUGAUACUCAAGAAACACUUGAUGGUGUUGCUAAAAUCGAUCUAUGGCAUAAAGGAAAUAAGAACGAUGGUUGGCAUGUUGAUUAUAUCAACAUUAUUGAUAAUAAAACUAACACUUCUUACUGUUUUCCAAUCAAUGCAACACUCGAUCAAAACUCUGGUUUAAAACAAAUGAAUAUUCAUUGCGAAAAUCCACUAGUCAACACAUCGUGUAAAGACAAAUCUCAUCGAUAUUCUGUUGUAGCAACUACGAAAAAAUUGAAAUCCGAUAAAUUCUCUCGGAGCUACACGAUUCACACAAAAACUGGAAAUCAUCCAUCAGCUGGUUCGACUACACCUCUUCAUCUACAAUUAAUCGACAUCAACGAUAAAAAAUCCAAAGAAAUUCCAUUGAAAAAGAAAGAUGCAGAAGGUCAUCACUUCGCUCCAGGAAGUAUCGACGAAUUCAAAGUCACUUUAUCCGAAUCCUUAUCCACGAUCAAAGCAGUGAAACUAUCACUCGACGCAGACAAACAUCAAGGUUGGUAUGGCGAAUGGAUUUCUAUCACUGACGAUGAAAAUCAAGAAAUGUAUUGUUUUCCUAUUCAACGUUGGUUGGACAAAGGUGAACAAGAUCACAGAACACACGUUAUACUUUCUCAACAAUCGAAUGUACCUUGUCAACAAUUAGCCGAUUCCAUGUCGGACAAAGUUUUGAUGAUAAAUGAGAAUCAGUAUGAAAUUCGUACGAAAACAACAGAAAAACCUUUACAAAGUAAAUCCGAACAUGCUGUGAAUGUUUAUUUAAAUCUGUAUGAUAAAAUGAAUCAACCAAUUGCGAAAGCGAUUCGACUGGAACAUUCGUUAAACCAUAAAAUUCCAUUUCAAAAACAUCAUACGGAUAAAUUUCAUGUUCAGAUAUCAAACGUCAACAUUUUUGACAUUGAUCGUAUCAGUUUGUAUCACGAUGGACAAAAUGACGGCUGGUUCUGUGAUUUCGUUGAAUUGAGAGAAAUAUCGUCGAAUCAAACGAAAUGCUUCUCAGUUCAUCAGUGGAUUGAUGAACUAUUUGACAAAGUUCAUUUUUCAAUGACAAAUUAUCAAAAUACUCCAUGUGAUGAUACACAACAUCGAAAUUUUUACAUUGUAAAGAUUAAAACAAAGAUAACGAACUUAACACGAGAGAAUCCAAUGAAAUUGUCCAUAAAAAUCUUCGGAAAAUCACAUCAAACUGAGGAUGUUCGAUUGGAAAAGACUGUGGACAAUCAACAAGCCUUUCAACGAAAUAAUUCCAUCGAAAUAUUUGAACUUUGCACAACGAGAAAAGUGAAUUCAAUUGAAAAAGUUCAAUUAGAUUAUGAAUUUCAAUCAAUGAAUGGUCAAAUCUCUUUCGAAUGGAUCGAAAUCACAAAUUUAUCAAAUGGAAAUCUUUCCUGUUUUCCAAUCAAUCGUCUUCUUUCAUCUUCAAAUAACACAAAACAGAAUCUCAUUCUCACGGAGUUUUCGACAAAAUCGUGUUCGAAUUAA